UUCAGAAGGGCCGGGCCGAGUUCGCCGGGAACGACAAAAUAUAGACUAGGCAUGAGGAGCACUGGAGGUACCUGGAGUGGGCAGGCAUAAAAUCUUAGCAUGCUUAGUGCUGAUGUCAUCUUAAACUGCCGACAUAUUUUAUCGGCAAUUAAUAGGAGACAUUAAGAUACAAGUGAGUUGGUUGGCCGAGUUGGCCCGUAUUCCUAUAUAGUUCCACUUUCACAGGACAGAUGGCGUGGAGGUGAAGCCGACGCAGAACUUCACGUGUGUCGAGUUCGUAUUUCGGUUUGAGGACGCACGCAUUCACGGCGUAAAAAUUUGGUGAACGUCUAAACUUUAUUUCUGGUCAGUCUGCAGCAUAAAGCAUUGUGUAAUUGGCACUUCAAGAUUAUUGUUGGAUGUUGCCCAACAGCCUUGUGUGUCGCCUUAACCAGCGUUGUCUUUCUCAAUGAGUGUUUCGCCAAUAGAAUAAUCAAAAUGAGGUGCCAUAAGGACUCAAACUGAUGAGAGGACAUUGUCCCUCAUUUCUGUGAAACUCAUAGGACUGUGCCUAUCUUCUCACUUGGUAACCGACUGGGCCACAUACGGAAACGAUGUGUACUAUUAAAGCGAAACGAUUCAAUAUUGUGUUGAAGACGUUGCCGCAGAAGGGUGCAGCAUCUACGUACAUCCUCUACAUCAAUAUAACAUGGUUCUUCCUGAGGCCACGCGAGAUCUCAAAGGAGUUGAUUCUACGAAAAAUACGGAAGAGAUGGUUCCUCUUUGCCUUGAUUGCUAUCUUCUCCCUGACAGGAUUAAUCAUGAGUAUUGUCCAAACUGAGGCCAUAUCAAGGAAACGUCUCUCCUUCUUGUUGCAAACAUUACACGAUCAUCAUUAUGAUUUUGAGGAUGCAGCAGGCAGGCACCCAAGCUUGCGUUUUCGGAGUAAGAACCGAUUCAGUUUUGGUGAUAUCAAACGACCAACGGUUGUUUGGAAUCCUGGAUCUUUUGUCGAUGACAAUUCAGAAACAAACAAAGCACUUCAAUGCAAAAAAGGAAAGCUGCUGCUCAUCUUAGUCACCAGUGCACCUCAAAAUUAUCAGAAACGGCGGGCAAUUCGUGAAACAUGGGCAGUGAAACGUGGCGAAUAUGCAGACUCGUGGCAGCAUUUAUUUCUCAUAGGACGCACAGAUAAUGCAACUCUGGAUAAAGAGAUUGUUUUUGAGAGUCAAAAGUAUGGUGAUAUUUUAUUAGGGAAUUAUACAGAUACUUAUCGAAACUUGACUGUGAAGGUGCUAAGUGGUUUCAUGUGGGCAGAGCAUAAUUGUAAACCAUCAUUUAUCCUCAAAACGGAUGAUGACUGUUAUGUGAACACGUUAUUACUGCCAAAAUUUCUUCAGCUCUACCACAAGAGUGACAGGUCACUCUAUGUUGGUAAUGUCUUCCUUGAUGCUUUUCAGAGACGCGUCGUCCGUCGGGAUGAUAGUCCGUGGUCAGUUUCUGAGGAGCAAUACGCACCUGAUGUGUACCCAAUGUAUGCGAGUGGUCUGGGUUAUCUGAUAUCUCAAGACGUGGUGCGCGAAAUCAUAUCAAUGAGCAGCUACAUUCAGCCAUUUUCAGUGGAGGACGCUUACAUCGGAGUAGUCGUUGACAAGAUUGGUGUUGUUCCAAAGAAAAGCUAUAGAUUCACGCUGCACUCAGUCCAUUGGACAAUAUGCAAUUUUCUCUACCUAUUUGUUGUCCAUCAUGUGGAGGGACAGGAACAACACAAGAUGCAUGACACGGCAGUACGUGCAACCAAUGAUUGCAAUGCACAGGAGUUUGUGACCGAGUGGGAGUGACACUGAAAUGGUUGGACAUUGUUUUUUUCAUUUCAUUAUAAUAUUUUGGAUAAAAGUCACAUGUACAGUGAAAUUGCACUACUUGUCAAGAAUGUUUUUUAACAUUGAUAAUGAUUUAUGACUCCAUGUUACAGGUACAAGAUGUAGGCAGUCCCCCCUCCCCUAACAGAGGACAGAUGACAUCAGUGGUCUCCCGACACACGUUGCCAUACUCUUUGGUAUACCUCUGUAAAAUGCCUCCUACAUGCAUGACAAUUGACAUGUCUUAUCCCCAUAUAGUUGGUUUAGGCCACACCAAAUGCCCUCUUCAGUCUUUUAUUUUACAUUUCUCGCAUAGUGCAAAGAGAUUCAUCUUUCUAUUUUUGAGUGCUUCUAAAUUGAUCGGCAAUUCUUCCCAUGAAAUCUUUUGUAGCAGACGACACCUGACAUCAUUGAUCUGUUCUCUCAGUGCACCCGCACUCAUAUCAUCGCCUGAUAUGCCAGUUCCACGUUGAUGAAUUUAAUGAAUGAUGAUAUCUCUAUCAGUGUGAUAGUAUCAGUGAGCUUAUUCUUGUUGGUCGUGGCAUGGGGGACCCUCUGUGGAAUGUCUGUGCUGUUUGAGGGUAUUUUGAUUGGCCCAAUAAUUGUAGUGCUGAAAGUCUCCUCCAUGUAAAUGCCUAAAAUGUUUUAUCUUUUGCUAGCAAGGGCUCGGAACUGCCCUCUGGCCUCUACUCUAACAGUAAGAUAAGUGACAUCCAUUGGGUUUCAUAACAUCAUGUACAUUGUAGUUACGGUGGAACAGCUUAGUUUCUGGCAAGUACAACAAAAGACCUCUCAGUAUCAUCAAUCAUAAUGGGACAAAACUUGUCAUAUCAUGCAGAGAUACAUGGUAUGAAAUAGAUUCUUUUUGUGAGCAAACCAGCUGUGAGUGACUGUUGUUCUGACAUCACUGAUGAAUUGUUUACUCCUUGUAUUGACCCAGUUUGUAUCCAAAACAUGAUGUCCUCAUCAGUCAAACAUUGUCCACUGAAUCAAGGUUGGGUUAUGGCCUUGGGCAAGUCAGUUUUAGUGAGCAGAAAAUGGCUUAUUUUGGGUGGUGCUGUUGAAGAGGUUGAUAAUAAUUUGUACAAUGUGUUAGGACAUGAUGAAGAAGGUAGACCUUUAAGCUGAGGCCAGAGUGGCCAAUGUUGGCUGUUUACCCUUGAAUUCUUAUAGCUCUUUAUCAUUGGACAUUGGGCGCUGAUUGAUAAAUUCUACAUUGCAGAUUCUUCAGUAAACAUUGUCACAUGAGAAAAUAAUGGUUCAUCUGGAGUGCAUUGUUGGAUUGUGCGGCACCUUUAGAUGGCUGCUUUUACAUCUGUUAUGUGUUUCACUCUCAGGUCAGUUGAGGGCAGGUGUACUGAGCAGAGGAUUGAGUCUAGUACCUGACAAACCCCUGGGAGUGCUUACAUUAUUCAUAUGUUUAUGUGAAAGCUGAAUAUUGAAUUGAAUAGAAUUUUAGGGGGAUUUAUUUGCGUUUGUGAAUAGACACUUGCAACAGCUGAAAAUCAGCUGAAAAUCUUCCGAGUUUUGCGAAUAUUACUAUUAGUGGCGCAAACAUUACUGAUCUAAACAGUCAUUGAAAACGGUAUAAAAUCUGAUUGACUGAUUUUUUGUAUAGAGUCAGUACAAAAUAUUAUAAAGUCAUUAGAGUUCAUCAUAGAAAUGUGUCAGCCAUGAGAAGUGUACCAGGGCUGUGCACCAUGAUAAUUCCUUCAUUUAUUCAUUUUUUAUGUGUUUAUGAUUUACAAAUUAGACCUGCUUCCAAGGUAUCAUUCGAUUUGUCCUUUUGGGAUAAUGGCAUUGACCCAAAUAUUUUAAAGAGGGGUCAAGUACAUUGUAAUAUUCUGGCUAAAUAUUAAAAACUCAUUUGAAUAUCCAUUAUCGAGCAUCACCUGAUUUAGAUUUGACCAUAAAUUUGCAUUUUUAUAUAAUGCCAACAUGUUUGUCUGAUCUGUAAACUAAAUUAUGAAACAUCACUUAAUUUCUUUUUACUGGGCUGCAUCAUCCUUUGUCACACACCCCUGUAUACAUGUAUAUACCCUCUCGGCAGAAACUUUGUAAGUCACAAGUUAGGGGUCAACACAGGCCUCAUACAUUUGUGUCAAUUUAAAGAAGUGAGGAAGUCUAGACACUUCAGAAAGUUCCUUCAAAAUGAGAGUAAUUACCCAGACUUGAUGUCCCAAUGAGAUUAGAGUUAUUACACUAGAACAAACAACGUGACUUUAUCUCUUUUUUCGUGAAUGGCGUGAUCGAAAAUUAUCAGAAAUUAUUAAAUUAGGGUCAAUGAUUUGUGGUUGGGUACUUGUCAGCACAGGAGUGUGCUGUGAGAGCACUCACAAGUGCACUUAUGUCUAAAUAAACAAUCUCAUGUAUUGUAUGAAUGAAGGGUUCUCCUCCUAUAAUUUUCCCCAAAACUCGGUUGGGGAUGACAUUUUGUUGGUGGUGUGUUGUUCCAACGAGAAUGUCAUCAGAUUUUAUAGUUUUUAGCUCAAUAUAGUGUGUCCGCCCAAUUAAAAGGGUGUCUGCUGAUGGCAAAGUCGUAUCAAGUUCUGUGUUGCUCAAAAUGUCCAAUAAGCAUAAAACCUCUUAUUUGCUUGGUUUUAUGCCUGUGUAAUUCAGUGAACAAGUGUCCUAUUUGAUUGGGUUUUGCUAAUACAACAAAUAAGAAUGCAGUGAAUAAGAAAAACCUCCAUUUCUGUUGUGGGGCUCCUUUACAGAACUUUUGCUGUUAAAUUUUGUAUGAAGUACAUGUACACAAGGAUAGUUUGGUAGACAAUCACUAAUAUAUAGUAUAAUAACAGGGUUUGAAAAAUACAUGCUAAAAUACCGGUACUAACAAGACAAAGGCAUAUUCAUAAAACCAGUUUGAACAGUCUUCUCCUAUGUAUUGUGGGGUUUUAUUUGUGCAAAAUUGAAAAAUACAGCUGAUGCAGUUGGGAGCCAUGAUAUAUAGCUAUGUUUUGUAUGUCUGAUGGCAGCCACUGUUAUAAUAUGUUCCAAGACCUUACAAUGUACCUUGUCUGGGUUUUCGACUUGGCAGCUAUAUACGAUAUGCAGGGAUGAAUAACGAGUAGCAUUUUAGAAAUCAUAUUCAUCAUUCCAGAUUGCCUACCUACGUUUUACUGUAAACUGCCAACAUUUUGCAAGUGUUUUUUUUUAUAUCUGCAGAUUUUGCCAAUAUUCGUGAUUCACGAUAAUAAAAACUGCCAAAUCCGACAAAACAUGGUUUUCUUUUUGAGGAAAUUUUCUUGAUCGCAAAAAGUAUGACGCUCAGAAAAUAGGUGGUUUACAGUAUGGGUGGGCAACAGCUGAUGUUUCUAUUAUUCUAUUCUAUUCUAUUUCUAAGUGUUUUAAGUCUUAUUGCAUGUACAUCAACGAUUUUGUUUUGAUGUCUAAUCUUUCUUAAACAGCUGAUUAAAAUAUAAGGUAUUUUUUCUGAAUUAUUUUUGAGUGAGGGCUAAUCGAAGAUAGAAAAUAGAUGACGUAAUGCUUUUCAAACUAAUUUUGUUGUGAUUUUCUUCAACAUCAGUUGGCUUGUAUCUAAGAUAUUUUUCUUUUGCUCAAAGCAAAAUGAAACAGGGUUGAAAUUGUGAAUUUCUGAUUGUAAUGUUGUAAAUAUUUGCUUUGGAAUAGGUAUAUUUUUGUGAGUUGGUAAAUAAAUAUCUGCAUUUGAAUAUACAAGGA